CGCAAACGACGCAUAACCUGACAAAGCGAAAUAAACGCGUCUUAGCGUGCCUGCAUGUCAGAUUUGGCGUUCUGGAUGUCUGCACGCGUCCUAUGAACUCUUUACAGUACCUUCCCCGCGCGGGGUAUGUCCUUAGCUGUAGCCUGAAGCUUCAGCUCAACAGCGACGAACAGCGUUUUCUCGGACACUGUGCAGGUCUUCGUUGCCUGUUGAUUUAUAGCAUGCAUUUAUUGAUUGCAAACCUCUGGUCAUCUGCAGCAUUCGAGGUCGAACAGUUCGUUGUUGAUGUGAAGCCACGGUGAAUCGAUACUACGCUUAUGGUGACGUAGCCACCUUCUCUGCUCCAGAAAUUGGGAUAAAACAACUGCUUCCGACUUGCACAGAACCACCAGAAGACCAAUUGACCAGAUUUGACUGCCAGACGAGGCAAGAAAGUAUCAAUAAGCCGUACCAGGGAAUCCUCGGCUACUUCACAUCUGUACAGCAUGACGAAGCUAUUCAUCACCGGCGCUACUGGCUACAUUGGAGGUGAUGCUCUCUAUGCCGUAGCAAACACCUACCCAGAUAUCGAGAUCACGGCACUUGUCCGUAACAGUGACAAGGGUGCAAAGGUUGCCUCUCAGUAUGCCAAGGUGAGGCUGGUUUAUGGCAACCUGGACAGCUCUGAGCUCCUUACCACUGAAGCUUCCAAAGCCAACAUUGUUCUUCACUGCGCCGAUUGCGAUCAUGUCGGUGCUGCUACAGCGCUGGUUGCUGGCCUGUCGAAGAGCACCAUCCCGGGGCCAAACUAUCUCAUCCACACCUCGGGUACUGGUCUGCUAUCAUGGGCCGACUUCGAGGAAAAGACCUAUGGUUACCACCGUGAGCACACCUACAACGACUGGGACGGUAUCAAGGAAGUCACCUCACUCCCCGAUGUUGCACUACACCGCAACGUUGACAAGAUUGUACUUGGAGCCAGCAAGGGGGCAGGCCAAGUCAACACCGCCGUUGUCUGCCCACCAUGCAUCUACGGACCUGGCCGCGGACCAGACAACCAGUUCAGCGUUCAGGUCUACAAGUACUCCGCAGCUACCCUUGAGCGCGGCAAAGGCUUCAUCAUCAACGAGGGAGCCAAUACCUGGACCGAGUCCCAUAUCCACGAUCUGAGCAACAUAUUCCUUGGGCUCGUCACCGCUGCCAUGCAGCCUGAUAGUGGCAAAGCCACCUGGAACGAUGAGGGCUACUACUUCUCCGAGUCCGGCACCUUCGCAUGGGGUGACAUCGGCAAGGCUAUUGCGAAGAUCGCUCACGGGAAGAAGUUGAUCGACACCGCUGAGGUUGACACCAUCACCGCGGACGAAGCCGAUAAGUUGAUUCCCUGGGGAAGCUACCUAUGGGGCACCAACUCGCGCUGCAAGGCCCAGCGUGCUAGUAAGGUGCUGGGCUGGAAGCCGCAGCAGAAGAGCAUGGUGGAUCUGCUGCCAGAGAUCAUUGACGGUGAGGCAAAGAAGGAGGGUCUGGUCAAGAGUCAUGCUGUCAGGGCUGCUGGAGAGGUCUAGGAGGCCCUUGGUGGAGGAGGCUGUAGAUGGAAGCGGACAAUAAGUGGGCUUCCUCGAUGACGAAGGAUUUGGGCGAGAAAUUGAGAACAGCGGUGACCAAGUUCAGUCGAAGCGCAAAUUGUAUUGUAGCACUCAGUCACAUAUACGUCUCACGUUCAGAAAAGAGCAGCUUGAAUAAGUGACCUUGUAAAAUAAA